AUGGAUGGAAUAGGCAAGUGGGCCGAUCUGCGUGGGUUGUUGUUCUCGUCAACGCCCUCGCUGCUCUUCUCUCUUGUUGGCUUGGUCUUCUGCGGCCAGCUGCUGGAACAUUGCGCGCGUUGGCGCGUGUUCCGUCGUGUUGACGAGCUCUUCAUCCUCGUCCCCAUGAUAGGCAACCUCAAGGGCAACCUUGAGAUGUGUCUAUCUGCGCGGUUGGGCACCUCUGCGACUCUUGGCGAGCUCGACACCCGCCGCGUUCGACGCUCCCUCAUCACCGCCAACCUCACUUUGUUGGGCCUGCAGGCACUCCUUAUUUCGUCACUCGCAGCCCUGCUCUCCUUCCUCCUGGGUCUUGUCACGACUCAUCGUCUCGGUGAUGUGCCAGCCAACGGCGCCCCGGUACCCGGCACCGUCGCCGACCCGAGCAUCGAUGACCCUUGGCGGGAGGGAUACACGCGGCCCGGGCCAGCGCAGCUCGUCAUGGUUCUCGCGACGGGCAUGGCGGCUGCAGGCAUCUCUGCACUCGUCCUAGGCUGCUUCAUGUGCGCGCUGAUCGUCCUAUGCCGCUGGGUCAACGUGGACCCGGACAACAUCACCCCACCCAUCGCUGCCUGCCUCGGGGACCUCCUCACCCUCUUCAUUCUCGCGCUGGCUGGCACGCUGCUCGUCGGCGCGAUGGACACGCCCGUGCCCCUGAUCAGCGUGAUCAUCAUGGGCAUCGCCGCGCUGUGGUUCACUCGCCGCGUCAUGCGCGACACGUGGGUCAAGGACAUAGCGCGCGGCUCCUGGAUCCCGCUUAUCAGCGCCAUGCUUAUCUCGAGCGGCACGGGCAUGGUCCUCGAGUCCGGCGUGGGCAAGUACCGUGGCUUUGCUCUGCUCGCCAUCUCCAUGACGGGCCUAACGGGCGCAAUCGGGGCGAUCCACGCGAAUCGCCUGAGCACGCAGCUGCACAGACGUCUGCACCCCGGCUCGGGGGGCGGGGGUGGGCACUCGCAGCGGAGCCACACGGGCGUCGUGGGUCGCCUGCAGGCGGCUUACGACGGGCUCACGCCCACGCAGAGUAUCGCCGUGCUCUUCGUGCUCUCCUUCCCAUGCCAGGGCGCGUUCCUGCUCUUCGUAAACGCAACAGGCUGGAUCGAUGUCCACCUCGGCUGGGUGGGGUGGGUCGCGUACGCGCUCGGCGUGGCCUUCUCCCUCAUCUGCGCACAGCUGUUCACCCUGUUCUGCUGGCACCGCAACCUAGAUCCGGAUAGCUAUACGCUGCCGAUCCACAGCGCCAUCGUCGACUUCGUCGCGCAGCUCCUGCUGAUGGUCGCUUACGAGGUGUGCAGAAGCCUCGGCGGCGACGUCAUGGCCCCGCUGGCGCGCUAA